GUCAGUUUGCACAGCGACGUCGGUUACGUCAUUACGUUUUCUAACGGGCGGACUUUUUCAAAAUGGAGGAAAGGCAAACAUUUUGGAGGGGAAUACAAAUAUACCGAUUAAAUGCAUUUUUAUACAUCAUGCUGAAGUCAAACCAUCUCACAUUUACGGAAAAAUAAGGCUAUUUUGAACAGAAUUACCGAAUCGUCGGACUGAAGAGGUUAUGAAGUGAAAAUGAGUGUUUCAAUCGGUGACAAGAUUGAGGACUUCAAGGUUCUCACCUUGUUGGGUAAAGGCUCUUUUGCAUGCGUGUACAGAGCAAAAUCUGUAAACACAGGCUUGGAGGUGGCAAUCAAAAUGAUUGACAAGAAGGCCAUGCACAAAGCUGGCAUGGUGCAGAGAGUCAUUAAUGAGGUGGAGAUUCAGUGUCGGUUAAAGCAUCCGUCGGUUCUUGAGCUGUACAAUUACUUUGAGGACAGUAAUUAUGUGUAUCUGGUUCUGGAGAUGUGUCACAAUGGGGAGAUGAGCCGCUACCUGAAGGAGAAGAAGAAACCUUUUACCGAGGAAGAGGCGAGGCACUUCAUGCAUCAGAUCGUGAAGGGAAUGCUGUACCUCCACACUCAUGGGAUCAUGCACAGGGACCUGACCUUGUCCAACCUCCUGCUCACCUCCAGCAUGAACAUUAAAAUCGCAGACUUUGGUUUGGCGACGCAGCUCAAGCUUCCCAGUGAGAAGCACUUCACCAUGUGUGGCACCCCAAACUACAUUUCACCUGAGGUGGCUACACGCAGCGCUCACGGCCUGGAGUCGGACGUUUGGUCACUGGGCUGCAUGUUUUACGCCUUCCUCACGGGCAGACCUCCCUUUGACACGGACACUGUGAAACACACCCUCAAUAAGGUGGUUCUGGGAGAAUAUCAGAUGCCCACUCACAUAUCAGCAGAAGCUCAGGACCUGAUACAGCAGCUCUUGCAAAAGAACCCGGCCCUCAGGCCCAGUCUCUCCACAGUGCUGGACCACCCAUUUAUGACUCAAACCGGGCCCACCGCAAGCAAAGACUCUGGGAGCAGUGAUGGAGGGUCAAUAGACAGUGGCAUAGCCACCAUAUCUACAGCCUCCAACGCCACCAACAGCAGUAGCAGCAGCCGGCUACAGAGAAAAACAAGGCAGGUGAUCAGUCAGCCCUUGCCCAAUCGCAUGGCGCCGAUCCCCAGCCACUCCCAUCAUUCCACCAGCUCCAGUUUUAAGAGUGGGCAAGAUUGGCAGCCACAUUUGCAAGAUGAUUUAUCAAGGAUGGGUAUUGGAAGAGUUCCCAUGGGUGCUGACAGUGGAAGGCCUCAUUCUCGCUACUUGAGACGGGCGCAUUCAUCAGAUCGAUCCGGAGCUGGGUUUAGCAACACUCCACAGGAGGCGGAGCUGGAGAGAUGCCACUCGGAAGAGAUUCUUUCAGGGUCUGGACGAUUAUUUCCAUCAACCUCCAGUUACAGAAACGUGCCCCAUGGCUACUCUGAGCAUGGGCGCCUGCCUUCUCCACCUGUAAAACAGCCUGCAAAUCCGGGAUCAUCUUUCUCUACAUCCACUCAUUCAAUGAGACCACAAAUGCCUGAUUCUCAAUCGCAGGCCUGGUUCAGCAGUGAUGGACUGUUCAAGAGGCCGGCAGACCUGAGCAGUCACAGCAGCACUGGGAGUUUCCACUCUGGACAAGGGCCAGUCGGGACACAAACCUCCUGCAGUGACAAGCCCAGCGGCCUUCACUCUCAGCAGCAACCAAACCUUUUCCCCCACAACAAUCCAGGGCCCUGCAGGGAAGAUGGGUUUGGAUCAGGACACAUGUCAGAAUCUCAGGGCUACUCGGACACACGGUUUCUGGGUCCACCAUUCUCCAAAGGCAAAGCAAACACAGGGAAGAAGGAGAACGUGUGCCCUAAGAAGAGCUUCCCUCCACUCUGUGCUGCCAGACUCAAGCCCAUUAGACAAAAGACCAAAAACGCUGUGGUCAGUAUCCUGGAUUCUGGAGAGGUGUGUAUGGAGCUGCUGAAAGGACAAGGAGCUCAGGAGAGAGUCAAAGAAGUACUUAGGAUAUCCUGUGAUGGAUCCAUGGUUACAGUGUAUCAGCCCAAUGAAGGAAAGGGCUUCCCUGUGCUGGACCACCCACCCUCACCACCUGAAGACAUUCUCAUCUGCAGCUAUGAGGACUUACCAGAAAAAUACUGGAAGAAAUAUCAGUAUGCCACAAAGUUUGUCCAGUUGGUGAAAUCGAAGACCCCUAAAGUCACACUAUACACGAAAUUUGCCAAGUGCAUGCUGAUGGAGAACACUCCUAAUGCAGACCUGGAGGUGUGCUUCUACGAUGGUGCAAAAACCCAUAAGACGAGCGAACAGGUGCGUGUGGUGGAGAAGAACGGGAAAUCGUAUACGGUGAAGGGUGAUGUUGGGCUGAGCGGACUGAGUCCUGAGUGCAGACUCUACAUGGAGCUCUCUGAGGAGGGGCAUCGAAUGUGUCUGUCUUUGGAAGCGGCCAUCACUGCCGAGGAGCAGAGAAGUGCUAAAAACACUCCAUUCUUUCCCAUCACUAUCGGCAGGAGACUCGCCAAUCCAGCCUUUUCAGCUUCUCAGCCUCAGUGUUUGUCUGAGUCUUGCCCAGCAGCACCUGCAGAGGUGGCUCAGGUGUGCCUCAGUCCGCCCCAGCCACCCCACAUCACGCCAUCAAUGAUUUCCUAUGCGGGAUCGGACUUCACCACAGCUAGUGUGGCUAAAGGCAGCUCACCCCAAUCAGGCAAAGAUGAACGCACCGUUAACACAGGAAAGGUGCUCAAGUCCAUUUUUGUGCCUAACAUUGGCUGGGCCUCUCAGUUAACAACUGGUGAGGUAUGGGUUCAGUUUAAUGAUGGAUCCCAGCUGAUGGUCCAAGUUGGUGUCUCUUGCAUCACUUUUACUUCCCCUGAUGGACACAUCACCAGGUACAAAGAGAAUGAAAAGUUACCAGAGCUGGUCAAAGAGAAGCUCCACUGUCUCUCCACCAUCCUGGGCCUCCUCGCCAGUCCUGCUGUCAGACGCUGACGACCCCUAAACACACAAAUAAACCUGUCGAUCGCUGUCGGGAAGCACUUCUGGUUUUUUUUUAUGUCAUAUCCUCAUGAAUAUGCUUUGAGUGUUUGUAAAUACAGUUUUUUUAAACAUUUGUACAUAUAGUCCCAAAGAUUAUGAAAAUUAUAUAUUUUUAUGUUGUACAUAAUGGGCUUCCUGUCUUCGUGUUGUGUAUUUAGUUUGUGCGUAGUGCCAUUAUUUUUGUGUACCGGUUCUACUCAGCACUUCAAUGAAAUGUUAGCUGUUCAAACAUACAAGCAUUAAACAUCUGCUGUCUGGUGUAUUAUUGCUUUUUUGUGUCUUCUGUGUUUAUUCAAAGCACAUGUGGGCAGGAUUUAUCAUACUGUUAAGCUGAUAAUGACAAACUGAGAGGAUAUUGUAGUCUUUCACUUCAAAAUCUAGAGGUAAGAAUAUAUUUUUUAUUUAAAAAAAGAAAAGAUAUUUCAGUUUUUGCAAUGCAAAAAGUAUUUUUUUUUUUAUUGUAAAGUAAAUUUGUGGCACACUUGUAGUUAUAUCAUGGUAGUACAUUUAUCAAUUUUUUUUCAUUGUACAUGGUAGUACAUUUAAGUUUUUUAUUUACAAAAUCGUGUUUAAAAAUUAAAUACUGUUUACAAAUUUGGGGUGGUUU